AUGGCUCCCAAGACUGUCCUCAUUACCGGCGCCAACCGCGGUAUUGGCAAGGGAAUCUUGGAGCUGUACCUGAAGAAGCCGGACCAUACCGUCAUCGCUGCCAACCGGGAUCCAAGCCACCCAACUUCUCAGGCUCUAGCCGACCUUCCAAGAGCCGACGGCACCACAUUGGUAAUUGUCAAGAUCGAUGCCACAUCUCCUACCGACCCUGCAGCUGCCGUGAAGGAGCUUGCUACCAAGGGAAUCCAUCACGUCGAUAUUCUUAUCGCCAAUGCGGCCAUCGCCCUCUUGUGGCCUACGGUCGCCGAGGUCAAGGUUGAGGACAUUCAGAAACAUAUCGACGUCAACGUCUACGGCUUCAUCUAUCUAUAUCAAGCUUUCCGGAAUCUUCUCAAGCGGGCCGAGGAUCCUAAGAACUUUAUCCCUAUGAAAAAUGCCGCCUACGCCCCUACCAAGGCCGUUCAGCAUUGGUACACUAAGGCCAUCUCCGCUGAAGACCCCUGGCUGACCGCGUUUCCUGUUGACCCUGGCUGGGUGCAGACGGACAUUGGCAACCGCGGGGCUGAUGUUUUCGGUUUCGAGAAGGCUGCGAUGACUGUCGAAGAGAGUGCCACAGGGGUGGUCAAGGUGAUCGAUUCCUCUACUCGCAAAACCCACAGUGGAAAAUUGUUCAAGUAUGAUGGCGACGAAGAGCCAUGGUAG